ACCCCCCUCCCUCCUUUCCUUCCUUAUAGUCUCGCUCGUUUCCACCCGUUGUAUUUUUCCCCCCCUCCCAAACCAACUCAGACCCCCAAAAAACUCUUCCUCCGAGCCGAGAUGACAUCCAAAGAAGUGGCCAAAUGUGACGCGGUGGAGAGCAGGAGGCGAAGCCCGCUGGACCACUUGCCGCCUCCCGCCAACUCCAACAAGCCGCUCACGCCCUUCAGCAUCGACGACAUCCUCAACAAGCCGUCCGUGAAGCGCAGCUACACGAUCUGCGGCACCGCGCACAUCAUCUCGGCCUCGGAGAAGCACCGGCCGGCCAGCCUGCCCCUGUCCAGCCGCGCGCUGCUCACCCAAACGUCGCCGCUGUGCGCGCUGGAGGAGCUGGCCAGCAAGACCUUCAAAGGGCUGGAAGUCAGCGUCCUGCAGGCUGCGGAAGGCCGGGACGGGAUGACCCUGUUCGGCCAGAGGACCACCCCGAAGAAGCGCCGGAAGUCCCGGACGGCCUUCACCAACCACCAGAUCUACGAGCUGGAGAAGCGCUUCCUGUACCAGAAGUACCUGUCCCCGGCCGACCGGGACCAGAUCGCGCAGCAGCUGGGCCUGACGAACGCGCAGGUCAUCACGUGGUUCCAGAACCGCCGGGCUAAGCUAAAACGGGACCUGGAGGAGAUGAAAGCCGACGUGGAGUCGGCCAAGGCCAUCGGCCAGGUCCCGCUGGACAAGCUCGCCAAACUGGCGGACCUGGAGAAAUGCGCCAACGGCACGCUGGGCCACCCGCGCGCCGAGUCCCCCGCGCUGGGUGGAGGCCCGCAGGAGCACGAGCUCGCGCAGAAACUGCGAACGUCGCCGCUGUCGCCCUUCUCAGACCACACAACGAGCAAAGAGUGCUCGGAGGACGAGGACGUGGAGAUUGACGUGGAUGACUGAUGGCGCGCGCGGGCCAAACUCCAGAGGACUUCCUGUAUAAACUUACUGCUUAUAUUGUAAACCAGAACGUGUACCAAAAUUUAAAAAAAGACUUUCCUUCCGGGACAGAUCGGCCUGAAGCAUGAAGCAGAAAUCUGCAGAGAUGUUCGCCAACAAUUUACGCGCGAGCGAAUUGUUUCUCCUUCUGAUGAAAGCAAUAUGGUUUUAUUCUUUCCUUUUUGUUUACACAACAAACAGAGGCUUUUAAAGGCGCGCGCGCACACACACACACCUGCUGUGUUACCUAUAAAAAGCCACACGCACCAGAAUAAUAACGCGCCGGUUUUCUCCCAUUUGUUUGCAUGCGCAUGAUUUGAUUUGUAA